AUGGUUUUGAGAAGAAUUCUCGCAAGUACAGUGACGAAAUUUGCCUUCAGGGCAAAUGCUGUGAGACGUCUGUCUUAUUAUCCAAUUGACGAAAAUCUCUAUGGAACAACUAGUGAACAGCAACAGCUGAGACAGGCAGCUUUUAGUUUCUUGCAGAAGGAAUUGGCUCCACACGCGCAGGAAAUCGAUAGACAGGACAACUUCAAAGAUUUGAGAGCGUUCUGGAAGAAAAUUGGAUCCCUCGGAUUCUUAGGAAUACUGGCUCCAACGGAUUAUGGAGGCAGUGCGGGAUCUUACCUGGAUCAGAUAAUCGUUAUGGAGGAAUUCUUCAGGGCUAGUGGAUCAUUGGGCCUGUCUUAUGGGGCUCAUGUGAGUCUCUGUCUCAACCAACUAAAGAGGUUCGGCACUGAAGAGCAGAAGGAGAAAUACCUUCCCAAGCUGUGCAGUGGAGAGCACAUGGGCGCCCUCGCGAUGAGUGAACCCAAUUCCGGCAGCGAUGUUGUCUCCAUGAGCACUUGGGCUGAGAAGAAGGGAGAUUAUUACAUCCUCAACGGCAGCAAGUUCUGGAUCACCAACGGUCCUGAUGCUGACACCUUAAUUGUUUAUGCCAAGACUAACUUAAGUGGUCCUGCGAAGCAUUGCAUCACUGCGUUUAUCGUGGAGAAGGAUUUACCAGGCUUCAGGACUGGUCGGAAGUUGGACAAGCUGGGAAUGAGAGGAAGCAAUACUGGAGAAUUGAUCUUCGAGGACUGCAAAGUUCCAGCAAAGAAUAUCCUUGGAGAAGAAGGACAAGGUGUUUAUGUUCUGAUGACAGGAUUGGAUUAUGAACGCCUCCUUUUCGCUGCUGGACCAUUAGGAAUCAUGCAGGCAGCUUGUGACGUUGCUUUUGAUUAUGCUCACCAGCGCAGAGCUUUCGGCCAAAGGAUCGCGGAAUUUCAACUCAUUCAGGCAAAGAUGGCCGAUAUGUACACCGCUUUGGUAUCUUCCAGAUGCUAUCUUUACAAUAUUGCUCGUGCUGUAGACAAAGGAGUCGUCAGUGCUAAGGAUUGCGCAGCUGUUUUGCUUUUUGGUGGUGAGAAUGCAAUUAAAGUGGCGCUUGACUGUGUCCAGAUCUUGGGUGGGAAUGGAUACAUUAAUGAUUACCCAGCCGGAAGACUUCUCAGGGACGCUAAAGUGGGUCAGAUUGGAGGAGGAACGUCAGAGAUUCGCCGUUUGGUGAUUGGAAGGAGUCUCAAUAAGGAAUACAAGUGA